AUUUUGACUUGGAUAAUGUGGUUUGUUUUCCCUGUUCUUGGUGUGCUUCCGUUUGAGGUCGGACAAUUGAGAGAAGUGUCCAACAAGGUUCACAAUGGAGAAUUGAAGUUGUUUCUGGAAGUUGAGUGUGGAAUGGAUUCCCAUCCUAUUGCACCACCUGACAAGACAAAGGAUGAUAUAUUACUUUUCUUCAAGCUAUACGAUCCUGAAAAGGAGGAGCUGCGUUAUGUUGGACGGCUCUUUGUUAAGUGUACUGGCAAGCCCUCUGAAAUCUUAACGAAGCUAAAUGAAAUGGCUGGUUAUGAUCCCGAGGAAGAUAUUGCACUUUAUGAGGAAAUUAAGUUUGAACCAAAUGUCAUGUGUGAACCUAUUGACAAGAAAGCAACAUUUCGAGCAAGCCAGCUGGAGGAUGGUGAUAUUGUAUGCUUUCAGAAAGCUCCACCUGUGGAUGGUGAAGAGCAUUUCCGCUAUCCAGAUGUGCCCUCAUAUUUAGAAUAUGUGCACAAUCGCCAGGUGGUUCACUUUCGAUCUCUGGAUAGACCUAAGGAAGAUGACUUUUUCUUAGAGAUGUCAAGGCUUUAUACAUAUGAUGAUGUGGUGGAGAAAGUAGCGCAACAACUUGGUUUGGAUGAUCCAUCUAAAAUACGGCUUACCCCACAUAACUGCUACUCUCAGCAACCAAAACCCCAGCCAAUUAAGUACCGAGGGGUGGAACAUUUGUCUGAUAUGCUAGUUCACUACAAUCAGACCUCAGAUAUACUAUACUAUGAAGUACUUGAUAUCCCUCUACCAGAAUUACAAGGUUUGAAGACUCUGAAAGUUGCAUUUCAUUAUGCCACGAAGGAUGAAGUGGUUAGUCAUACCAUCAGACUUCCAAAGCAGAGUACUGUGGGGGAUGUCCUUGAUGAUCUUAAAACAAAGGUAGAGUUGUCCCAUCCUAAUGCCGAGCUUCGGUUGCUUGAAGUUUUCUAUCACAAGAUAUACAAGGUCUUCCCUCCAAAUGAAAAGAUCGAAAACAUCAAUGACCAAUACUGGACAUUACGAGCAGAGGAGGUAGGAAUCUCUUUCUGUGAGUUUGGGUUCAAUUCUGCAUUAUUCUACAACUUUGGGCUCGUGGCAAAGAUAGCAAAAGGCUACUCUGUAUAGGCAACUAAUGAAAUUAGCAAUUCAGAUGGUGUUUGCAGACUUAAGUUAUUGGUAUUUAAUUCUUUCUGUCAAUGGAGUACAUUGCUAUCAACACCUUCUGUAUCUGCCGAUCUCAGCGCAUUGAGCUUUUUACUGCUUCCGUUUUCUUAUGGAGGUUUUUCAAGUUGAGGUCAUUGAUCAUCAUCACUGAACUGUAUCAGUACAUAUGAUUUUUGGAUUAGUGAGUGUAUACAGGGUAUAGUUGGUUGACUUUUGGUCAUUUUCUUGAUUGCUUCCUGAUUUUGUUUAGUUAGAAGUGUCAAUCCGAGGGCUGCAUAAUGGUGUAACAAAGACAACUUAUAUUUAAUGUUGUAAAAAUGACUUGCCAGCCUCCAUAAAAUCUAUGCUAGCAUGGAAUUUUUACAAUUUCGUA